AUGAAUUACUCUCGAUUCAUCACAAGUGUGAGUGCAGCAAGAAAAGCAUCUCCGAUAAGACUUCUGAGUGAAAAGGCAAGUGAACUGAUGGAGAAGGCUCCUCCAUCUCUCAUCUCUCUGGCUGGAGGAGCACCAAACCCUGACCUUUUUCCAUUUAAGAGAGCUACUGUUGCCAUUGGACAUGGAAGUGCUAUUGAGAUUGGGGAAGAGCUGAUGAAGAGAGCUCUCCAGUACUCAGCCUCAGCAGGGAUUCCAGAGCUGUUGUCUUGGCUAAAGAAUUUCCAGCGAAAUCUACAUAAUCCCCCCACAGCCAACUACAGUCCUGAGCAAGGACAAAUGGAAGUGUGUAUCACAACUGGCAGCCAGGAAGGCUUGGGUAAGGUGUUUGAAAUGCUCAUUAAUCCUGGGGACAACAUCCUCUUGGAUGCACCAGCAUACUCUGGGACACUAGCAGCUCUGAGACCAUUGGGUUGUAACAUAAUUAAUGUUCCUAGUGACCAACAUGGCAUUAUUCCAAAUGCUCUAAAAGAAAUUCUGUCUACUUGGAGCCCAGAUGAUAGCCACCACCUUCCCAAAUUCCUGUACACUGUUCCAAAUGGGUGCAACCCAACUGGAAACUCUCUGACCACAGAGCGCAAGGAGGAGAUUUACCAGCUUGCAAGAAAAUAUGAUUUCCUCAUAAUAGAAGAUGAUCCUUACUACUUUAUUCAGUUUGAAAAGCCAUGGGCUCCAACUUUCCUCUCAAUGGAUGUGGAUGGCCGAGUUAUAAGGACUGACUCUUUCUCUAAAAUUCUCUCAUCUGGAUUAAGAAUAGGUUUUCUGACAGGACCCAAGCCUCUUAUUGACAGAGUUAUUCUACACAUCCAGGUUUCAACGAUGCACACCAGCACUUUCACACAGAUUAUGGUAUUACAGCUGCUUCAGCAAUGGGGAGAAAAGGGUUUCUUGGAGCAUAUAGACAGAGUGGUGGAGUUCUACAGGACCCAGCGGGAUGCAAUGCUCACUGCUGCUGACAAGUGGUUAAAAGACUUGGCAGAAUGGUACCCUCCUGCUGCUGGGAUGUUUUUAUGGAUCAAAAUUAAGGGUAUUUCUGAUACACAGCAGCUCAUCACGGAAAAAGCUUUGCAGAAAGAAGUGUUACUGGUUCCUGGAGGAGCAUUCAAUAUCAAUAGUUCAGAGCCAAGUUCUUAUGUCAGAGCCUCCUUCUCUUUGUCUUCUCCAGCCCAGAUGGAUCUGGCCUUCAAGAGACUGGCUGACCUUAUAAAAGAAGCUUUGUGAAAAAGCUAAAUAGAGAUCUUGCAGCAAUCAAAAUCAUCUCCAGAAAAUAU